CUUCGGUCGUUCGUUCAUUCAUCCAGUCAUUCAUUCCCUCAAUACCAACUACAAUCCACUCAUUCAAAUACACAUAGCCAACCAACCAACUCUACCCUCCUUAACCAUUUCCUAUCAACCUAUUUACUUAACAUAUUAUAUCUAAACCACAAUGCGAUUCCCCCUCAACACCAUCCUCGCCCUCACAGCAACCCUCGCCCCAGCCGUCCUCGCCAGCCCUCACAAUCCACACGGCAGCCAUGGCCACAGCCACGGCGGCAACUACUGCAGCCAGCCCAUCAACGAGAACCUGAUGCAGUUGACAGGGGAGGCAAACGAUAAUGCCCAUUUUUGCAGAAGUUUGUCGAAUGGGUUGUUGUCGAAUGAUGUCGAUGGCCUCAAAUCCCGCCAGGACCAACUGAGAGACGAUAUCUUCGGCGCGUACUCCACUCUCCGGGGGAGUAGUUGCACGGAUAUCUACCCCGGGGCUCAGCGUGAUCUGUGUCGGAGCUUUGUGGAGUUCACCCACGCCGAAAAAGCCCUCCAGUACGCCCUGCGCGCCAAAACCGACGACCUCGAGAGCGACGCCGCCUACGAGGAUAUGAUUCGCUGUGAGGCGGAGACGCAGGAGAACUAUUACCACCUCGCCGAUCUCCUCAUCGAACUGAACCCCGUCUGCUGCGAUGAGAUCAAAGAUGCCACGCGCGAGAUGAACUGGGCUUUUGCGGGGACUCAGUCCAAGUAUACCAGUAGCUCGCAUUAGGGUGUUACCUUUUAUCUGUCAGCCUGACCUAGUUAGCUUUUAGCUAGUCGGUGUAUAAAGGGGUUGGACUCCGGUGGAGUAGAAUAGUGGAUUGUUAUAUAGUCAAAACUGCAGCCAUGCUU